AUGAAGUUCAGCGCACUCCUCAUCGCCAGCACGGCAUCUCUCGCCCUCGCCGUACCCACCGCUACCAUCCAGAAGCGUGCGGACUACUGCGGCCAAUGGGACAGCACCGUAACCGGUGACUACACCGUCUACAACAACCUCUGGGGACAAGCCGAUGCCGACUCCGGCUCCCAGUGCACCGGCGUUGACGGCCUCAGCGGCAGGUCCCUCAAGUGGCACACCUCGUGGUCCUGGACUGGCGGUCCCGGACACGUCAAGUCCUACGCCAACGUUGUAACAAAGAUCACCCAGAAAGCCCUCUCCUCCAUCAAAUCCCUUCCCUCAGUCUGGAAGUGGACGUACGCGGGCAGCGAUCUCGUCGCAAACGUCUCCUACGACCUCUUCACCUCUUCCAAGGUCGACGGCGACCCAGAGUACGAAAUCAUGAUCUGGGUUGGUGCUCUCGGUGGCGCUGGUCCGAUUUCCGCUACGGGAAGCCCCAUUGCUACCGUCAACCUCGCUGGCAACAGCUGGAAGUUGUACAACGGCCAGAACGGCCAAAUGAACGUCUUCAGCUUUGUCGCUGAGAAGCAGGUCAACAGCUUCAAUGGUGAUCUGAUGACGUUUGUUAACGAGGUGACGAGCAAGCAUGGUCUGCCUAAGACCCAGAUCUUGACCAGUGUGGGAGCUGGAACUGAGCCUUUCUCGGGUAACAAGGCGAAGCUUACUGUUACCGAGUACAGCUUGAGCCAGAGCUAG